AUGAGUACGACGAGUGGUAGUGUUGCCAACGAUGAGGAGGAAGAGUUUGAUGUGCUGGACGUGGUGGCUGCUAGAAUUGCAAGCCGUGAUGAGGCAGAGCUACAAAAGUUGGAGGCUGGGGAAAUGAUGGAUGACCAGAGACGGACAUCCCAGGCAUCGGCGCAGUUCUCGCAAAAUGCCACUACCAGUACAACGGUGGCCAUCACCCAAACUUUGAGCGACAAACCCGAAGAACACAAGGCUGCACGAGGAUAUGGAAAGAACGAAGAUGUUCGGACCACCAGCAACGAGCCAACCACACAAGAAGAUCCGAGAGAGCAAGAAGAGUCAGUUCCUUUUUUACUAAAAAUUGUACGAGAACGGCAGGAGUUUUCCAAGCUGGCCAGCGAAUCAGACUUGGAUUUACCGGAAGUGCUUUCGGUUCCUCAACCAACUCUCACACGCGAGCCAAAUGUGGCUCCUGCUAUGAUGCGUCCCGGGGCCUAUUUGGCAGCACCUGGUACAGAACUCCAAAGAGCUACUACGCUCUGCCGGGCAUUUGUGGGUGCUCCUUCUUCGUCAGAUCACUUGGAACCUUUUGGUGUUACAGAGGGAGAGCUAACAUCUGCUGUCGACCGCUCCGUCAGUAGCCAUGGGUAG